AUUCCUCACAUUACAAGCCAAUAAUGUGUCUUGUACUGUUGGUUAGAUGUCACCAUUUGAAAGAUUUACGUACAGCGAUUUUCUGUGAUAAAAGAUUGCCGGUGGCCAACGAAUGUCCGGCAGGCCAAACUGCUAGAGUUUCAUCCAACCCCCUUUCUUCAACUAGCACAAUGGCGGUCAGUCGUGUGCCGUCGCCACCAUUACCAGAAGUAAAUACACCAGUUGCAGAGAAUUGGUGUUAUACUCAAGUAAAGGUCGUCAAAUUUAGUUACAUGUGGACCAUAAAUAAUUUUAGUUUCUGCCGGGAAGAGAUGGGAGAAGUGUUAAAAUCAUCAACAUUUUCAGCUGGUGCUAACGACAAAUUGAAAUGGUGUUUGCGGGUGAAUCCUAAAGGCCUCGACGAGGAAAGCAAAGAUUACUUGUCAUUGUAUCUUCUCCUGGUAUCAUGUAAUAAAUCGGAAGUUAGAGCCAAGUUUAAAUUUUCUAUAUUAAAUGCAAAGCGGGAGGAAACUAAGGCAAUGGAAUCACAAAGAGCAUACCGUUUCGUACAAGGAAAAGAUUGGGGCUUUAAAAAGUUUAUUCGAAGAGAUUUUCUAUUAGAUGAGGCCAACGGACUUCUUCCUGAAGACAAAUUAACAAUAUUUUGUGAAGUAAGUGUAGUCGCGGACAGUGUUAACAUUUCAGGUCAAAGCAACAUAGUUCAAUUCAAAGUACCCGAAUGUAAACUCUCUGAAGAUUUGGGAAACUUAUUUGACAACGAAAAAUUCAGUGACGUGACAUUGGCAGUAGGAGGUCGAGAAUUUCAAGCGCAUAAAGCCAUUUUGGCAGCUCGGAGUCCUGUAUUUGCUGCCAUGUUUGAACAUGAAAUGGAAGAGCGCAAAUUAAAUCGUGUGGCGAUUACCGAUGUAGAUCACGAGGUAUUGAAGGAAAUGUUACGUUUUAUUUAUACUGGAAAAGCUCCAAAUCUAGAGAAAAUGGCUGAUGAUCUCAUUGCUGCAGCUGAUAAAUAUGCAUUAGAAAAAUUGAAAGUUAUGUGUGAAGAGGCGCUGUGCGUUAACUUGUCUGUAGAAACCGCUGCUGAAACUUUAAUUUUAGCUGAUCUACACAGUGCAGAUCAAUUAAAAGCCCAAACUAUUGAUUUUAUUAAUACCCACCCUACUGAUGUGAUGGAGACAGUCGGAUGGAAAAACAUGAUUAAAACACACCCCCAUUUAAUAGCUGAGGCAUUUCGUGCACUUGCUACCCAACAAAUCCCACCAAUUGGACCACCAAGGAAACGCGUUAAGAUGAGCUGAAAGAUAUUGAUGCAACUGCCUAUUAAACUUACUUUCAUAAAUCAACAACUAAUUCGACAACAACUACUUCAACAGCACCGACAUGAUUGCGAGGAAGUUGAUAGCUUCACCAACGAUCGUAAUGACGGGCGUAAGAUGGACAAGUUACACUUACAGCAACGUUAUAAACAAUUACAAAUAAAGGCAGCAGUACAUACAGCACUAAUUAUAAGUACUCGACUGACCGCUCUCCUCCACUCAGAAAUCAAUUCAUAUAGUAAUAGUGGUAAUCGUAAAAACAAACUCAAUCAAUUGAAUAAGUUUUGAAACAGGAUGGAUUUGCCUUGUCUCUGUAUUUGCCGAUUAUUAUUAUUAUUAUACUUUGUUUAUAAUCUGUUUUAUGAAUGGGUAUCCCGUAUUAUUUGCCCGGUUGCUGUUGAAUUGUUUGUAUAAAAAUAAUGCUGGAUGUCAUCAAUUUUCGUUUUCAAUCAGAUGUAUAAUAGUUAGCCCAGCAGAAAAUGUAAAGCUAUUGUUUUAAUUAUUAUUUAAUAUAUUUUAGUUUCUAGUAAUAACGUGAUUAAUAUUAACAUAAUAAACUUAAAAAUAAACAGUAAUAAAAAUUCCUAUCUCGAGAAAAUCAAAGGAAAGAAAAUGUAAGAUAGACUAUGAAUAAAAAAAUGUAAUCCCUAAAAAAUCAGAAAAAUUAAAGAAAAACAUACUUCAAACCACAAAUGUAAUGUUAUAAUAAUUUAUCUCUAUUUGUAAAUUAGUGUGUAAAUGUAUUUUUGUUUUUAGAUUGUAUUCACAGUUAAGUCCACUUUUUCCUUUAGAUCAAUUAUCGACAACAAAGAAAACAAAUCAAUUUUAAUUUUA